AUGUCAAGUAGCAAGCUUCCCAGGGUUGCAGCUCUCCGCAGGCAGCAACUUCGCCUUGAGUUCGCGAGUAUCAAGGUGUCUCCUCCAGUUGGGGUAUACGUGAGCCUUUCUCCAAGCGAUCCCGCCCUCUGGUCUGGGGUACUGUUUGUUCAGAAAGGUCCCUACGCAUCGGCUAUACUUCGAUUUCAAAUCCGAUUCCCGCCCUUAUAUCCUGACCUUCCACCGCUCGUUACGUUUACUACGCCUAUAUUCCAUCCUCUAGUCGUACCUUUGACUACACAGACAUACUCGAACCGGCCGUCUAAUCUGGAUUCUGUAACGGGAACAAUCGAAGAGCAGCUACCGCCUGGUGGGUUUAGCCUACGACAUGGUUUUCCACAGUGGUUUGUAAAGAUAGAACGGAGCGCUGUCGGCUCUCUUUCAUCAUCUAGGAGUACAAGUGGACAAAAACCGGGGAAUAUUGGCGUUGAUGUAGAGCAGGAUAGUGGCCUGGUAGAGAGUAGUACUGAUGAAAUCAUCAGCCGGAUUUCACCUCUUCCCUGCGACAUACGGGACCCGAAAAAACCUGACGUUACUGACGUUACUACCUUGGAUCUUCUUGAGUAUAUCCGUUCAACAUUUGACGACGAAACUGUUUUGGAUUCGAUACCGCUGGAGGCUACGGGGUGUCCGAAUGCGUGGCAUGCUUGGAGUGCACAUCGUCGUCAGCCACGGACAGGACCAGCAACUGAACGCCGAUCCAGCAAGGAUGCAGGAGUCAGUUCUCCCUCAACACUGGGGCGAACUUUGAGUCCAGACAGUAUACAGAGAAGCAGCCCACAGGCCCGUUCACCCGGUGAGUGGAAUUGGGAAGGCGUCUGGCUAAAGAGAGUCAAGGAGAAUAUUCAUCAUAGCUUUCUCGAAUCGGUACUUUUUGGGAGCUCGUCUCGAGCUGGAAGUUCAGGGGAUGACAUGAUCCGAUUUCAGAAGCUGGACCACAGCGUCCUGACAAAUAUAAAAGAAGAGAUUCUUGCCCUUCAAGAAAGUCAGGCUGACCCCCGGCCUUUGGCUUAA